UUGCCCUAAAAUUUCUUCUCCCUGCUUCAGAUUGAAAUCAUUCAUUUGUAACAGAGGAACUCAAGAUUUUAUAUAGAAAAUGGUGCCCCGGAAGCCAUUGGCAGCCUCAAUCAUUGUGCUGCUAACUAUGUUUAGACUGUUUGCAGGAGCAUACUCAGAAAAGUGCAGUCAAGUGUCUUCUGUUCUGAGCUCCUGUUUUAUUGCCCUGCAAUCAGGAGAUAAUUUCAUGAGAGCUGAAAGCGUUUGCUGUAAGAGUUUUAUUAGUCUGGAACAGAUAAUUGGUGAGUCUGCAGUUAGUAAAUAUGAGAUCUGUGGGUGUUUGAAGGGCAUUGAUGGUAAGAAACAGAGCUUAUUCAAUGAAAACCUGUUGGAGGUUCGCGCUCUCUGUGGCCCAAAUGUUCCAUUCCCUGUAACUUCCUUUUCUGAUUGCACCAUGCCAUUAAGGGGAACGCUAUAGCAGAGAGAUUGCAGAGAAACUCUGUUUGAAAUCGUACAUUGGUUACGUAAAAAUAUGUCAAGAAUUCAAAGAGUUCUGAUUUCGCUGUUU